AUGAUAGCUGAUAUCAGAAACCGUUUAAACUCAUGUUUAUCAUGUGUACAAGACAAUUAUCGUCAUCAGAAACUGCCAAGAAAAUUAAAAUUAAUACCACCAUCUGACGGAAUAUGGAAAUUAUUAAGUAUGGUUUUUCCUGAUCCAAUCAUUCCAGCAUUAAAACGAGGAAAUAAAUACAUUAUAUCUCAGACAGAUGUAUUAUCCACAUUUGUAGUUACAAAAGCUGUUCGGGAUUAUUCAGCAACAACCGCAGUAAAAUUCCUUAUAAACGAUGUUAUAUUAAAAUAUGGAACUUCAAUAUGUAUUUUAACUGAUAAUGGCACUCAUUUUACUUCUCAACUUAUGAACAAAUUGUUUGAAUAUCUUGGAGUUACUCAUUUAUAUUCAACAGUAUAUCAUCCAUAA